AUGCCCCCAGGCGCUGGUGGCAAAAGAAAGAGAGGAGACAGGUCUUGGUCUGGUGAUUCAGGACAUGACGGACAAAGGCCUUCCCCUCAUCGACCCGGCAACUUGAACCUUGCACAGCACAAUCAGCCUCAAUCACCGAGUGUGCGUCAAGGUUCUGGAGAUAAUACUGGACGAGGCAGAAGACCAAGCAGAGGCGGUAGAACAUCGUCGGGUCGUGUACAGACAGUGACACAGGAUCGGACAAAGCCAGCUGCCGACAGCUUGAUGGCUGCCCCGUCAAACGCCGCUCCUGAAGCUCGCCAAAUCAAUGGAGCUAGUAUUGUGAAGAAUGACCGACCGAGUGAAGCUCCCUCGAAUGAGGUGCAAAAUUCGGCGUAUCGAUUUGAAUACAUCACCCAAGCAAUCAUAGAUGGAUGGACAGACGAUGGGAAACAGAAAAUUGUCAACCAGUGUGUCGAUGCGCGAAAGACUAAUGAUCUGAUUACACUUGGUUGUAUAUUCCAAGAGAUCAUUAGAGCAGUCUUGGCUAGAAAAUUACAACCGUUGGAAGCAGGAGAAGCCGUGGAAGAAAUACUCGCAGAUAAGGAUCAGAACCCCGAAGACCGCAACGCCUCUUCGUUUUUCCUAAAUACUCUAUCUAUUCUUGCCGAGGAAACCAGUGUCUCCAACGAAACCUUGAAAUCAUUCGUGCUCGCUACCGGGAUAUCACCUGCGUUGUUGCGUCUCGAGCUGGACACCAACUUCGUUCAAGGACUAGGGCUCGUACGGGAAACAUUCACGCGCAUAGGCAUUCGCAAACAAACCAAUGUUCUUUAUCGACAAUCUAAUUACAAUCUUCUUCGUGAAGAGUCUGAGGGUUAUUCGAAGUUGGUCACCGAGCUUUUUACCACAAGCAACACCGAGUCGCCAUCGAGUGAGAUCGUGGAGGAAACGUUUGAACGCGUCAAGGCCAUGAUUGGAGCCUUUGAUUUGGAUGUGGGACGUGUUCUUGACGUUACUCUGGAUGUCUUCGCUGCGGUCCUUGUAAAGAAGUAUCACUUCUUCGUUAGGUUCUUGCGCGCUAGUUCUUGGUGGCCUAAGGGGGAUCGUCUACGCCGGGAGGAGGAAGCUGACAUUAUUUCUGGCCUACCUAGCUGGGCUAUCCCAGGAUGGACAGGCUAUGACGAUGACAAAAAGGAGGACCUUGUGCGAGCGCGCGAUGAACGAGACAAGGUUUUUUGGAAUCGCGUGCGAGAGACUGGCAUACGUGCAUUUUUUGAGAUUGGCCGACGCCCUUUGUCUGAUGAAGAGAAAGAGGUGGCAAUUGCAGAAGCAGGCAACCAGCCAGGUCUCGAAGCCGAAACCAGAAGAUGGAUAGAAGAAACGGGUACAUUGCCGCCAAAAGGCAAUCGUGUCGCGGCCCAACUUCUCGGUUUCAAACUUCGAUUCUACUCGACAGCAGCGCGUGAAGCCGGUUACCUUCCGGAGAAUCUGAUCUGGGUUGCGGCUUUGCUGAUAAAGAUUGGCUUCAUUUCACUUCGUGACCUCUAUCCUCAUCUUUGGCGAGAUGAUGACUUGAUGUCUGAACUCGAGGAGAAAGUCAAGAAAGAGAGGUUGGAGCGAGAAGUGAAGGCCAAACCUGGAGGAGGUAUCAACGCCCUCGUGCUUGCGGGUGCGCUACCGGAUGAUACAGUUCCUACCCCUGUAUCUCGCUCUCGCGACGCUGACGCCAGAUCCGGUACGCCUGCGAAGGAUUCCGAAGCUGCUACCACAAAAGAUGAGGAGGAAAAAGAACCUUUGCCGGACAUUCGAGAACAGAAGGUUGAUUUACUGAAGAGUUUGUUGACGAUUGGUGCUGUCCCGGAAGCUCUUUACAUGCUAAGCCGAUUUCCCUGGCUCAUGGAUAUCCCAGAGCUACCUGACUACAUCCAUCGCAUUGUCCACCACUGCUUGAGUAAACUAUAUACGCCUCUACGGCCUAUGCAAGGUAUGGGUCACAUUCGUGGAAUCAAACCAAUUCCCAGCCUUGAUCAAUCUGGCAUGCCAAAGGGUCAGGUCCGUCUCAUUGAAGCUCCACCUCGCAAGUUGCUUCGAUGGGCUCAUCCAGAUAAAGAGGACCGAGAAGAUGGAAUCAAUUAUCGAUUUUAUUGGGAUCAUUGGGCAGAUACCAUACCAGUCUGCCAAACCGUCGAUGACUUCUUUGGGUUGGCUUCGUCUUUGUUAAAUGUGUCGGGCUUCAGAAUUGGGCAGGACCCAUUGCUAAUGAGCAAAAUUGCACGAAUCGCUCAAAAUUCUCUGGACCAUGAUGAUUCCGAGACCAACAAGAAUCGUUGGAGGGACUUUUGCAAACGCCUAUUCCUACCUGCUCUCAGCUUGUCUAAAAAGAAUCCAGGAGUUGCCAACGAAGUCUUUGCUGUCAUCCGUCACUUUCCCAGAGCAGUGCGUUACAAUAUGUACGCUGAAUGGCACUUUGGGCAAACAUCCAGACUACCUGAGAUCAAAUCAGCCUUCGACCUUGCUACUGCACAGACCAGGGACACUCUUAAGCGGCUGAGUAAAACAAACAUCAAAGCCAUGGCUCGGGCGUUAGCCGAAAUAGCAUAUGCGAAUCCGGGGAUUGUGAUCAACGUUGAAAUCACACAAAUCGAGUCAUACGAUAAUCUAAUAGAUGUUGUUGUGGAAUGCGCUCGUUAUUUUACUGAUUUGGGAUAUGAUAUUCUUGCCUGGGCUCUGAUCAAUUCCUUAGGCCAAAAGGGAAGAAGUCGUGUUCAGCAAGGAGGGAUGUUAACCAGCAGGUGGCUUAAUGCUCUCUCGACCUUUACAGGGAAAGCGUUCAAGCGCUACUCUGUUCUGAAUCCAACUCCAAUACUUCAAUAUGUCUUGGAGCAAUUACGGCAUCAGAAUUCGACCGAUCUUAUUGUUCUAGAACGGAUCAUCAGCUCUAUGGCCGGGAUUGUGACCGAUACAAACUUCAAUGAGGCACAAAUCCAAGGCAUGGCUGGUGGUGGUCUAUUGCAAGCACAGACUAUGCUACAGCUGUUAGACAAGCGACAUGAAUCAAGGACAACUUCCAAGAGGCUGAUGAAAGCUUUAACCGAGUCCAAAAUGGCUGGUCAGUUACUUAUUGCUAUAGCGCAAGAGCGUCUUCUAUGCGUAUAUAGAGAGUCCGAGAUGGUCCCUGAGCUGAAGUUGUUGGGCAAUAUAUUCGAUGAAAUUCACCGGAUCUUGACACAGUAUUUAGAUUUGCUUCGAAGCAAUCUUACAAUCGCCGAGUUUGACGCCUUUGUUCCUAGCCUUCCGAAAUUAAUCGGAGAAUUCGGGUUACAGCCUGAUAUUGCUUUCUGGGUUACGAGACCUAGUUUGUGUAAACAGAUUGCAGAUGCCGAUCGCAACUCCCGUGAUUUAUCUUCCGUCCAGAGUCUCGAGACCGUUUUUCCAGCUUCUAUAAUCGCUGACGGUGAUGUAGAAAUGACUGAGGGUGAUGCUGCUGGGAAAAAGGAAGACAAAUCCGCCGAUGGAGAGAUGGAUGUGGAUAAUUCGUCCUCCACAUCAGAUUCCGCUGGCAUGACAGAUGUCCAACCCAAUGGCACUACAUCUAGUCCUCAAAUUCCUCCCUGGCACCCCGUGCUACAAGGCCUCAUGGACGAAAUUCAACCCGUUCUCUCUUCCAGUGUCUGGCAAACUGUGGGCCUACCUUUCUAUACGACGUUCUGGCAACUUUCUCUAUACGACGUUCACAUUCCUGGCAAGGCGUACGAAGAUGAAAUUGAAAGGCAAAAGCGUAAAGCUUUUGUGAUUUCGAACGAUAGAACUGAUCUCAGUAUGGCCGGCACACAGAAGAAGGAGAGAGAGAAAAAACAGAUUCAAGAAUUUCAAGAACGUCUCCUUGAGGAAAAUAAACAACAUCUUAUUUCAUACGAGCACACUCGAAACCGACUACAGAAAGAAAAGGAUCACUGGUUUCCUAGCAUGCGAGGCAAAUAUGAAGCUCUUAAUCUAGCUCUUUUAGAGCAAUGCUUUUUACCUCGCCUCUUGUUAUCGCCAAUUGAUUCAUUCUAUUCGUUCAAGAUGAUGAAGUUUCUACAUAUUUCCGGCACCCCCAACUUCCGCACAGUCGGUCUACUCGAUCAACUGUUCCGAGAACAUCGGCUGACGGCGAUCAUCUUCCAAUGUACGUCAAAGGAAGCCGAUAACUUUGGAAAAUUCCUCAAUGAGGUUCUACGUGACUUGACCCGCUGGCAUUCUGACAGGGCGCUUUACGAGAAAGAAGCCUGGGGCCCAAAUAAGACGUUGCCUGGGUUCGCUAUGAAUGUUGAUGCUGAAGGCAAAUCGACCUCAUUCGUAGAUUAUGAGAUGUUUCGUCGGUUGCUUUACAAGUGGCACCGUUUGCUCGCUGGUGCACUAAAGACGUGUUUCAAUGGCGGGGAAUAUAUGCAUAUCCGAAACGCUAUUAGUGUUUUGAAAGCUGUUUCCCAGCAUUUUCCAGCUGUUAACUGGAUGGGUCGCGAUAUGCUGCAGUGUGUUAACUCCCUAAGCAACGACGAGAGGGAGGAUGUGAAGAUUCCAGCAGCCUCGUUGAAAGGAGAUUUCAGCAGAAGAGAGAAAGAGUGGCUCCUUCCUCAAGCCUUUAUGAUUAACGAGAACUUGACUGGCGACAAAGGCAAAGCUCGUUCAUCCAGAACAGACACCGCCACUCCCAAACAGCUUAAUGCACAAGCUGCAGAAUUCAAACCUCCAGGAACAAAUGGCACAUUGAACGAUAAAAUGGAAGUCGAAGAUGGCGAGAUUGAGGAUGCGAAGAUGGCUGACGCUGCAAACCCUAAUCGACCGCCGGCAAGUGAAGAGGGAAUUGUUAAUAAAACGGAACCACGAAAAGGCGUCGCAGAGGUGCUUUCGUCGGAUGAUAAGAUUGAACGAACAGCCUUGACACAAGAGGAGAAAAGAUUACUACUCGAAUCGGAACAACUCUUAGGACCUCCCCCAAUCAAAGACUCCGACAACGCUAGGGCAAGAACAGCAUCUCCUGCACAAUCUCGACAUGCUUCAAGGCCACCCGACCCAAACAACACUGCUAGCAUACCGAAGCGCCCGGAACUGGAUAGGGUUGCUUCGCAACCACCACGGUUACCACCGCCUCCGAAUCUCCCAAAUAAACCGGAGCCUCCCCGUGGUUACAAACAUGACAGUCGUUCAGCUAGGCAAUCUGAUCUGAAGGAUGAUCGUAGAGACUCCCGACAUACGGAUUCUUCUCGCUCUAAUCGCUAUCCUGACUCAGAUCGAGAUCGUCUGCAUGAUCGUGACUCUCGGGGUCCUAGCCGUGCUGAUCGUGACCGGGUUGGUGCUGGCCCUCCGUCCGACGACCAAUUCCGUCCACCUCGUGAUGCUCGUGGACAUCAUCGAGACUCCGAGGUCAACCGUCCAGGUCCUCGAUCUUCAGACUCUCUUUCACGGGAUGGAGCACCCGGCUUGCGUCCAGCAGCACAGCCACAUCCAGACAGGGCCGAUCUCAUGCGGGAACACCCUGAUCGCGUUGCAUUAAUCGAAGCUGACAACCAACGCCGAGACCCUACAAGGCCUGAUCGCGAUGAUCGGAGGAAUCGGUUGCCAUCACCGCCAAGAGCAGACGAUCGCCGGGGUCCUCGCCAUGACGAGUAUCCGACAGGACCGCGUAGCGAAAGGGCAGGGCGAACUGACUUGUCAGAUGGGAGGGAUACUCGGCCAACAAGACAAACAGAGCCACCGAGUGACAUUCCAUCUGGUCCGCGAAGUAGAGCUGGUCAAUCGCGUGGGCGAAAUGCGCCAAUGCCACAGCCACCAAUACCACCCGGAACACCUGGUGGUCCUGCUGAUCGUCAACCUCCAACUGGUCCCUCUGGUCGAUCAAGCGGCCGAGGCCUGGACUCUGCUGCACCAUCACCCGCUGGUGACAAAGGUGACACUAGCGGUGUACAUCCUGACCGUCUCAAAAACCUGCAAGUGAAAUCCGAAGCGAGUCCUGCAAGUAGUCGAUCUCAAGCGCCAAUAGCGCCGCCUAGCGGACCUCGUAGUUCUCACGGGCAUAUUAGCGGCUCACCUGUCACACGUGGACCUCCCUCAGGACCUGGAAACGACAGAAACCGCGGCGAUAAGCGCUUUGCGGGAAUCAAUAAUAUGCUCCAGCAAUCAGGUGGUUCACAAGAUCGAAGUGGACAAGGAACGAUGAUUCGAGGCAGAGGAAGACAAGCUAGCUCUUCAAACGCCCCAUCUCUUCAAGAAGGUGGACCGGUCGGUCCUCAAGUAGGCGGCCCCGAUGAAGUUGCUGGACAGGAAAUAACGGAGUUGUUUCCAGGCCCACGUGAGGAGGACAAUCGCUUUGGCGGUCGUGGCCGACGCAGUGAUGCUACUCAGGAAGUUAACCGUGAGCCAAAACGUUCUGGUAGGCAUGCUGGUCACGCUGACAUGCCAGAUCGUGACCGUCGGGAGGAAGAAGAGAAUACAAGGGGCGGUCGAAGGGACGAGCGUCGCGAUCGCGGACGUGAUCGUGAGCGCAACCGUCGGAACGACAAUGCGGAGGAUGGGAUGCACCAGCUCGGAAGAGAUUCGGGUGGGCGUCGCACAACUGGCGGCCGUGAUGAUCACCGGAAGCGAGAUCGCCGAGAUAGGGAAGAUGGACCCGGUGGUGAAAUUUCAGGACCUGGCAAUGGUGACCACCACAGCCGUAUCCGUCCUUCUUCUUCACAUAGUAGCAAUAACAAUUCUUUACCACCACCCCCUCCGCCGUCAGCCCCUCCAGGCCCUACAAACGAGGAGCGCCGAUGGGCCAGUGGCCGCGGUGAGAAUCGCGACAGAGAUCGCAAUCGAGAUCGCGGUGGCGGUGGAAGAGAUCGUGAGCGAGAUUACAACCGGGACAGCGGACCUGUUAGCGGCAGCAAUACGCUCCCUCGCAAACGUGGCCGCCCUGGAGAUGACAUUCAUGGACAUGGAGACGGUGGUAAUCGUGGAAUGCGAGCAGGAAGCGAGAGCAAACGGGCACGGCGAGGUACAUAG